CAGACACGCCUAAAUUUGAAGCGGAAGCACGUUCGCAAAGUGGGUCCACUCGCUGUCAGUCUUCGCCACUGAAGUCGAAAAACGACCUUUGGCGGCACUAUUUGUGUUAUUAUUUUAGCGUUGGCUUCUUGCAACUAUUGUACGUAGCGUGUGUCAAAACUGGUAGAAAUUGUGAGACUUGGAAGUUCUCUCGACGCGAAAACGUCAAAGUCUAUUCCGUGUACGUCCCCAAACAACAACAUGGCGUUUUUGAAAAUGUUUGGGGUGAACGCCGUCUUUGUGACACCUUAACUCUACUUUCGACAUUAGCCGAAGUUAGCCCGCCGCUGUCCACCUCCGGAGCGCCGUCAAAACGGGAGCGGUCAGCGAGAAGGAUCCUGCCGGCUCAGCAUCCAGCUCGAGCGGCGUGAGGAUGGAGUUCGCCGCGGCCCAUCCAGCUCUCAAAGCCUUCAUGUGCGGCUCCCUCAGCGGCACAUGCUCCACGCUGCUCUUCCAGCCUCUGGAUCUGGUGAAGACACGGCUGCAGACCUUGCAGAACACCGCCAAGCCAGGUUCACCAAAAGUGGGCAUGUUUCGCGUUUUCAUCAACGUGAUAAGGACAGAAAGUGUCUUCAGCCUGUGGAAAGGAGUUUCCCCUUCGUUCGUCCGCUGCAUCCCCGGUGUGGGCAUAUACUUCAGCACCUUCUACUCGCUCAAGCAGCAUUUCUUCCUGGACCGGGCACCCAACGCCGGCGAGGCCGUGCUGCUGGGGGCCGGUGCCAGAGCGGUGGCCGGCGUCUGCAUGUUGCCGUUCACCGUCAUCAAAACGCGCUUUGAGAGUGGCUUUUACAACUACGUGAGCGUAACCGGCGCUCUGAGGAGCAUGUACAAGACGGAGGGCGUGAGAGCGCUGUUCUCCGGCUUCACCGCCACGCUGCUGCGCGACGCCCCCUUCUCCGGGAUCUACGUCAUGUUCUACAGCCAGGCCAAGAAGAUGCUGCCUGCAGAGGUGACGUCGUCAGUCUACAUGCCCUUGGUCAACUUCAGCUGCGGCGUGGUGGCGGGUGUCAUGGCGUCGCUGGUCACGCAGCCUGCGGAUGUGGUGAAGACGCACAUUCAAGUCAGCCCAUCACACUGGAGCACAACGGACGCUAUUCGCUACGUCUACGAGAAACACGGUCUCAGCGGCUUUUUCCGCGGGGCCAUACCUCGGUCCCUUCGCCGCACUCUGAUGGCCGCCAUGGCCUGGACUGUCUAUGAACAGCUGAUGGCUCGGAUGGGCCUCAAGUCCUGAAGACGGGGGCGAGACCUUCAGGAAUAUCAUCGAGCCUGUAGAGUGAGAGCGCUUGCGUGUGAGUGAGUGUGUGUCUGUGUGUGUGUGCGUUUGAUGCUAAAUUAUUGAUGCUAAACUAUUUGUGAAAAUGUGUACAAUAUCUGUGGGUGUGAGAUUUUGAACUUUGUCGUGCGUCAAUAUCUACAAUGUAGCAACACUUGACAGGCAGAACUGCACUGGAUUCUGCCAGAUUUCUUGAAGGAGCACACACUUGAGCAGGGUUUCUUACUCGCCAGUCAACCUCCCAAUAAGAAAAUUGGUUUAGUUUUAAAGCUCAGACAAUCACAAAUACUCAUAGAUGUAUUAAGGGGAAAAAAAUCUUGGCUUAUUGUUAUACUGCUCAAAUCUAUUCUUUAAAAGGUCACCAAAACUAAUAUUUUGUCAAACAACAUGCUAUGUGACUCGGAACAUCCUUAGACUCAUUCUAGGAUUUUUCUAUUUCUAUUUAAUAUAUUUUCUUUUUUCUUUUCAAAGGGCAAUAGCAGUGCAGUUUGUAUUUUGUUUCCCCUGCUGUUCAGUUUUACCUAAAUAGGGUUUACUGAGCUCAGUAUUGAAUUUGUAUUAUUAUUUUUUUUUUGCGGCUAUCAGAUAUUUUUAGUAUUGAUUUUUCUGUCAAUUAAUCGAAUAAUUGGAGAAUUUUUUUUAUUUUGCAUUAAAAUGUAUUGCAAAAUCUUUUGAUGACUGUUUAUUGUUUGUGUUGUUUAAUUAUUAAACAAAACCAAAUGAAGAACAAUUAACCAGUAUCACACUAAAGGGAGUGAUGUACUCGCUAAACUUUUUGACACUGUGAGCUGCUUCUUGGGUAGUUAGCCAUGCGAAGGGCUACUAGUUUGAUACACUUCUGAGGCUGCUUCAGGUUCAACUACAUUUCAAUUACAGCUUACACUACGGCUGCAAAUAAUUAUUUUCAUAAUAUAUUAAAUUAUAAUUUUUUAAAUAAAUUGAUAAGGAUUUAGUUACUGGUUUGGUCUGUACAUGUCAGGAAAUAGGGAAACAUUUUGAUCGUUGUUUUCCAAAGUAAAAGCAGAUGCUUGCAAAUGGCUUAUUUUGAUUAAACGCAAAGAUAACCAGCCAGAGUAUUUACUGUUAAGAGGCUGAAAUUGGAGGAUUUGGACUAUUUUAGGCAAAACAAAAGGUCUAAACGGUUAUUCGAUUAUCACAAAAAGUUUAAUUUGAUUGAUUCGAUUUAAUCGAUUAAUUGUUGCACCUCUAUUGUUCGCGCAUAAGGUGAAUUAAAGUGUUGCAGUCUUACCAUGUGUUGUAAAUGAGUUUCCUGUGCAGUAUUAAUGCUGAUCUUUUGUUAUGUAGAGACGAUUAGCGCUCCAGUUGACUGAUUUUAUGGCAUCAUGAUCCAAAAUGAAGACCUCCCUCCUCCGCUAACCUUGACAAACAUGUUCUCUGGUCUUCUGAACGUGAGCAUAAAUGUACUUACCACCACUUACUGGUUAAAAUCAACUGAAGGCUCUUUGCUGUACAUAUUUCUUAUAGAGAGGUGAUUUAUUGGUAUUUUGACGUCCAUGCAAACACUGCCAAAUACGUGUAUUGCCAGUACAUGUUUCUGCAGUUAGUAGCGACAUGGAGGCUGGCGAAACAGUGUCUUAAUCAUCCUUCAGUGUGGGCGUGUGACUGCAGUCAUUUGACAGUGCACUCCUGUCUCCGUCUAUGGUGAAUAUAUGAUCCUUGUUAUUGUACAUGGUCUGUGCAGUGUUGGUUCGGACAUUGUG